GAUAUAAAUUAAAGCCGAAACAUUCGGAUAGUACAGUGAUUUGGAUAUCUUUGCAAGUUUAAAAUGAAGUUCCUUGUUGUCCUUUUUGGCCUUGUUUGUGCCUUAGCCCAUGGGUUACCGAACGUAGUAAAGGUAGACUCACUUCGUUCGGUCUAUGCAAAGGAUUUAGAAACCCUGCCAUCCGACAGUGACGAUACCAGGGUAGCAAACGGUGAUAACGCUUUCGAAGACGAAUUUCCUUACCAGGUUUCCAUUCAGUGGGGUGACAAUGAAACGCCCACCCACCUGUGCGGUGGUAGUAUCAUUUCAGAAUCGGUGGUACUCACGGCUGCCCAAUGUCAUUAUGACUAUGGUACCUAUUCCAUCGUUGCUGGAAUUCUCAAUCGAGCCAGAAAUGGCGAAUCUGCUCAAAGGCGAGGUGUCGACAAAUUUGUCAUUCACGAAAGGUUUUCUGGUGGAGUAGGUCUAUAUGACAUUGCCCUAAUAAAGGUUGAUUCACCCUUCGAGUUGACAUCUUCCGUUCAACCUGUCCGAAUUCCUAGACAAGGACUCGCUCCUUCUGGAACCGGCGUCGUUUCUGGAUGGGGAAGAACGUUUUAUAAUUCUGUUCUUGCAAGCAUCAUGCAAUACGCUACCGUACAGAUUAUAACAAACAACGAGUGCGCUCGAACAUUGGUCAGUAAUGUUGGAUCUUCCAGUCCUUUGGACGAUACCCAAUUUUGUACCAGUGCUCGCGUGACUGGUAGAACGGGAAGAACGUCAAUUUGCGAAGGUGACAUUGGUGGCCCACUGGUCCAAGGCUUUGUUCAGGUGGGCAUUAUCUCUUGGGGUGUCACACCAUGUGGAACCACUUUUUCUCCAUCGGUCUACACAAAAGUUUCUACGUAUUCUAACUGGAUUAACGCUAAACUUGCACAAUUGUGAGGUUUGCCGCUCCUCUUUAAUCACAUAAGUAAAUCUGUACACCAAACGGUGCAUUGAAUAAAAUUGCUCAGAAAUAAA